GAUCGACUUUUUGUUAGGGUUUUGCAUAGGGUUUUAACUGGUAAGUCCAGAAAUCUUAACCAUUUUCAGGGAAACCAGAAGGUAGCAUUUGUUUCCCAAAAGUUGCAUGGAUCCUUCAGCCUUUAAGUCGUCUCCCGAAUUGCAGCAACUUCUCAAUCAAGAGAAGGAAAGAGCCAUGGUCAAUGAAGUAGUUGCAAAGCUUACAAGUUCCUGCUGGGACAAAUGCGUGACUGGUACUCCUGGAAGCAAGUUCAGCUCCAGUGAAUAUAAUUGUUUAAGUCACUGUGCACAACGAUACAUGGAGAUGAGCAUGCUCAUAAUGAAACGGGUUCAGAGCAUGCAGUGAAGAAAUUUGUAGUAAAAUUUUCUUGUUGCAUAAUACAGUUCAUGUGGUGUUGUUACAAAUUACUAAAUGCUGAGAGAUGCUCUCAUUUUUAUUUUACUCACUUCCUUCCCUUCA